UCCGGUUCUGCCAUUUUGCGGUUGCGGAUCAGUCCUGAGCUGCUGGUGCGUUUCUUACCGAAUACCGAUAAUAUAGUCCUAACAUUAAAGCCCAGUUAAACCGGUAAAAUGUCAGAUUUUGACAGCAACCCCUUCGCGGACCCGGACUUCAGCAACCCGUUUCAGGAUCCAUCAGUGACGCAAGUAACGCGGACUGCCCCACCUGGCCUGGAGGAGUAUAACCCGUUCACAGACACAAAGCCGGUUCCGCCAGGCUCCGCCCCUAAAUCAGUCCCACCCACAACCAACACACAGCCGGCCAUCAUGAAACCCACCGAAGAACCGCCAGCUUACACUCAACCUCAGCAGACGCCGGAUCAGGCACGAGCCCAGGCGGAGUUAUUGAGGAGACAGGAGGAGCUGGAGAGGAAAGCCGCUGAGCUGGACCGCAGGGAGAGAGAGAUGCAGUCUCUCAGCGCAUCAGGAGGGAGGAAAAACAACUGGCCGCCUCUUCCAGAGAAGUUUCCGGUUGGUCCGUGUUUCUAUCAUGACAUAUCAGUGGAUAUCCCUGUGGAGUAUCAGAAAACCGUCAAGAUCAUGUACUAUCUGUGGAUGUUCCACACGGGGACGCUGUUUGCCAAUAUAUUCGGCUGUUUGUCGUGGUUCUGUGUAGACGCAUCGAGGGGAGUGGAUUUUGGUCUGGCCAUGCUCUGGUUCAUGCUUUUCACACCCUGUUCAUUUGUCUGCUGGUACAGACCUCUGUAUGGAGCGUUCAGAAGUGACAGCUCUUUUAGGUUCUUUGUAUUCUUCUUCGUCUAUAUCUGCCAGUUUGGCGUCCAUGUGCUGCAAGCCAUCGGCAUUGCAGGUUGGGGAGCCAGUGGCUGGAUCUCAGCGCUGACCGGGUUGAACACAAGUAUUCCCGUCGGCAUCAUCAUGAUCCUGAUUGCUGCCCUCUUCACCGCGUCGGCUGUCAUCUCUCUCAUCAUGUUUAAAAAGGUUCAUGCGCUGUACCGAACCACCGGCGCCAGUUUCGAGAAGGCGCAGCAGGAGUUCGCCACCGGAGUCAUGGCCAACAAAACGGUGCAAACCGCCGCCGCUAACGCCGCCUCCUCUGCUGCCCGGGGAGCCUUCAAAGAGCAGAUCUGAUUUGCCUCAGAACUCCAACUCCGCCCAUGCUACUCUGACCCCGCCCUCCGCAUUCCUCCUAACUGUCUCUACAGCCAAUCAUCAGCUCGGACUGGCUGUUCAAGACCACACCCACUCUCAUUGACUUAAUGCACUCCUGUGACUGACUGAGACCCCGCCCACAGCCCCUCCCCUCCUGUCAAUCAGCAGGUGUGCUCGCCUGUUCUUUAGCUGGAGUGUGUGUGAGUGUGGAACGCCUGUCUGUGUGUAAACAGCCUAAAGAGUCACUUUAUGUGUUCACAUCACUGUCGGGUGUGCGUUGUCCCUGUUAAACAACAGGAAGUGAUGUCAUCCAAUGUCCUUUUGUGGGAUCCAAGGAAAAAAAAAAGAAUGGUUAUGCCCUCACAGGUCUGUCUUACUGAUCAUCUCGGUCUGAAACGCUUGCAAAAUCACGUCGAAAACAUUUCCAGGUCACAAUUAACCUUAGAAUUGGAAGAAAAUCAUAUUUGUCUCAUUUUUGUGAGUUAAGCAUACUUAAAUGCCUCUAAAAAAUUGCAUUCUGCUUAAUUGUCACAAAAAUGUCAUAAUGCAAAUGCCAUGUAUGCAACUUCAUGUUGUGCAUUAAAAAAAAAGUAGAUUUUGGGGUAUAACAUAACAUUUUGCAUACAAAAAUCAAAUAUUUUCUUUGGAUUUUGGGUUAUGAUAUUACCUUUUGCAUAAAAUUUUUUGCUUUUCUUUGAAUUCUGAGGAACAAUAUGAGCUUUUAAGAAACAAAAUGUGUCUUUCCAUUGAAUUUUAGGGUAUAACAUGACAUUUUGCUUAAUAAUACAACCUUUUGUUAAACAAUAUUUCGCUUUUCUUUUAAUUUUAGGGUAUUAUAUGACCCUUUGAUAUAACAAAAUUGGGCAUUUCAUUGGAUUUAGAACUAUAACACGACAUUUUGCAUUAAAAAUAGUUGCCUUUCUUUGGAUUUUGUGGUAUAACAUGAAAUUUUGAAUAAUUUAGGGUAAAAUACAACCUUUUGCAAAACAAAAUUUAGCUUUUCUUUACAUUUUUUCAAUAUAAUACAAUCUUUUGUUAACAAAAUUUGCCUUUUCACCGGAUUUCGAACUAUAACACGACAUUUUGCAUUAAAAAUAGUUGUUUUUCUUUGGAUCUUAUGGUAUAACAUGGCAUUUUGCAUAAAAAUUUAGCUUUUUUUUGGAUUUUGGGCUACAAUACAACCUUUAGCCAAACAAAAUGUUGCUUUUCUUUAAAUUUUUGGGCUAUAAUAUGACCUUUUGUAGAACAAAACUUGGCAUUUCAUUGGAUUUCAAACAAUAACACAACAUUCUGCAAUAAAAAUAGUUGUUUUUCUUUGGAUUUCAUGGUAUAACAUUGCAUUUUGCAUAAAAAUUGGCUUAUUUUUGAAUUUUGGGCUGCAAUACGACCUUUUGCAAAACAAAAUUCACGUUUUCUUUGGAUUUUGUGGUAUACCACGACAUUUUGCAUAAAAACAAUAGGAUUUUCUUUGGAUUUUGGGGUAUACUGUGACCUUUUCUUGGCGAGAUUCGCCCAAAUAUCGUCCUAAACGCUUCGUCCUGCAAAUGAGCCGUCAGUACACGAAGAUGUCCGAUCAGAUGUGACCGUAAACACUCCACACGCAACUCAGAGGGUCUCUUUACCUGUAAAUAUAUAAAUAUAUAUAUAUAAACCUGUAUGAUGACAUAAAGUAUUGACUGAUUUUAAACAUAUGAAUGAUUUUGAGGCUUCCUGGAUUCUUUUUUCUUUCUAACAGAGUUGUUUUGGAAUGGAAACUAAUUCUUAAAAGCGUGAACCACUCAGGAUACGUUCCUGCACAUGCAUGGGAAGCUUGCCGAGCUCUCUAUAGGAUAAACUGGAAAACACUUUUAAAAUCACAAUCAAAAUCCGUGCAUCGCCCCCGAAGCGCACAUCGCUAACGGUGUAAGACUGUGCCGUGCUGGGCCGUCCUGAUAUCGGAUCCUGAAUCAUAUUGUCCGUCGUCAUUUGUCGGUUUGAAGCGUAGAGCUUUUUAAGUGACGUUUGUUUUCCUCUUUUUAUCGACUGGAGCAGAGAACCUUGUAGCCUUGGUUACUGUCGCCAAGAGACAGCCAAGUUUUGCGAUUAUGGGAUAUGCAUCAAGAUGCAAACUGAUCUUGAUCUUAACCUUUCAGCAACACUCUGUGUGUGUGAGCAUGUGUGUGAGAGAACAAACUGUGUGCGUUCAUCACUUUAUUUUCAGUAUUGAGUUUGUUUGAAGUCUUUAUAAUUUAUACAUUUAAAGAAACAGUUCACUCAAAAUAGGUGGGCACCCUUUUUUGGGUGAACUAUUUCAAUAUGUUCCUUUUUUAUUUAAAAUCUCAUUGGGUGUGUCAUAUUUGUGUUAUAAAUCUUUUUUUUUCAGUCGUGUACUGUUCUCUUUACACUCUCAGCGUGCGUGUGUGUGAGUUACUGCAAGUCGUUCUUCCUUUUAUAAAUAAAUUUCAACAAAUGGCACCUGAAUGUUCCUCUAUUUUAGUUCGUUUUGAAACGCUUUCAUUUAAAACAGGAAAAAAAACAACACAAGAAUCUGUUGGGAGUGCGAGACGACAGAUAAACUGACGUGACCUCUUGUGUUUGGUGCAAUGGAUCGUGGCUUUAAGCUGUCUUUUUUUAAUUAGUGAUGUUAGUUAACUUAGUCGAAACACUGAUACGUGAGGAAUGGAUUGAAGAAAAAGCAUCACUGGUUGUACCGCUACUACUUCACUGACCUUAUUUAAAAACAGACGCGAGGGAUAUUUGUAUAUUUUGUAUAACUAAAAGGAACGGUGGCCUGUCGUCCUGAAUUUCAUUGUACUGUACAAAUGCACUCCUGUCUCGCUCCCUUAGUCGCAUGUUGAGUAGUUUGAGUUUUGUAUAUUUAUUGUAUUAACACAAAAAAUAAAAUAAAAAACAACUACAUAA